CAACAUCGGACCUUUCCAAGAUGGCGCCAGCGUCGCAUACUUAUCGUCGCUAUUAUGACAGACACUUCCGGUUGUGCCGAACCCAGGCAUUUGAGGCCUGCGGGAGACUGUGCGGGGCCCAGCUUUGCGCUGAGACGCUCUGGCGCCAGAAUGGACCGGAGGAAAAAGCCUUUGGAUGUUACGGCCUCCUCGUUGGUAGACCUUAAGGCUGAACUCUUCCGAAAACAAGAAGAAUUCAAACAAGAAAAACUUCUCAAAGAUUCUGGCGUUUUGGGAAAACCAAAAACAACUAAUAAGAAACCAAGUAUCUGGAGCAAACAGAAUGCAGGAGUUUCAAAUCGAGCUGAGAAGGAUGCAGAACAGAAGAUCGAGGAACAGAAGACUUUAGACAAAGCAAGGGAGAAAUUGGAAGAAAAAGCCAAAUUAUAUGAGAAAAUGACUAAAGGAGACUUUAUAGAUGAAGAAGUGGAGGAUAUGUACCUUGUGGAUUUCACGCAGAAGAUCAUAGACAAACACAAAGAAAUGGAGGUGUUUGGUGCCAAUAGAGAUUCUAGAAAGGCAGCAGAAAGAGAUGAUGAUGAAGAAAAUCUUUCUGAAAAAGAUAUACCUCCUCCGCAGGACCCCAGUGAAGAAUGGGUGGAUUAUGUGGAUUCUUUAGGACGAUCUCGGCGCUGUAUGAAAAAGGAUUUGCCAGAUUUGCUGGAGAUGGAUAAAAAUCUUCAAGGGAGGCUUUUCGUUAGUCCUGCUAAUGAGAAAACCUUAUUAUCCGAAGAUAUGAGAAAAGAACUUCAGCGCCAGCAAUGGGAGGAAGAAGAAAGAGAGGCCUUGAAAAGGCCAAUGGGGCCCAUCCAUUAUGAAGACAUUCGUGAAAAUGAGGCCCGGCAACUUGGUGUUGGAUAUUUUGCUUUUGCUCGAGAUAAAGAGUUGAGAAAUAAGCAGAUGAAAACAUUAGAGAUGCUGCGUGAACAGACAACAGAUCAGAGAACAAAACGAGAGAACAUAAAGGAAAAGCGAAAGGCUAUGUUAGAAGCAAGACUUGCUAAACUCCGACAAAAAAAGAUGAAAAAGUCAAAAGAAGAUGGAGCAGAGGAAGAAAAUAGAGAUGUUAUUGGACCUUUGCCACCAGAACCAGAGGCUGUGCCAACUCCACGUACUGCUGCCCAGAGUAGCAAAGUGGAAGUCAUUGUUCAGGAGAGGAAGGAUACCAGGCCCGGAGUGCCCCAUGUCCGAGAGUGGGACAGAGGAAAAGAAUUUUCCUUUGGGUACUGGUCGAAGAGGCAGUCAGAUCUCCGGGCCGAGAGAGAUCCUGAGUUUGCUCCACCAUCAGAUUACUUUGUGGGUCAAAAGAGAACUGGUACCUUUGGUAGCCAGACAUGGAACAGACCUGCACCUGCACAGAGUGACUCAGGACAGCGCUCUGGCCAGAGCCAUGACCCCAGCUCUUCACAUACAUCAUCCACUCCCGCCCCCAGCAGGCCACCACAAGCCGCCACAGUCACUUUCGAAACUCUGGAUGAUAUGAUAUCAUAUUAUAAACAAGUGACAUGAACUUCAAAACCAUUCUCACUUGGGUCUAUACUGUGAUGGUGCCUUUUUCUCCCAAAUUAGGGAAAAUAUAACUUAGAGACAGAAUAGUAUCUUUCUCCUCCUGUCCUUUCCCUAGAUGAUACAGACUUCAGGUUGGGUUUGUCAGCAAGGAAGAAAGUGAAUGGUACUUCGGGAAUUCUGUGGCCACUUGGCUGUUCAUUUCUUUCUGAUUGAUAUGGUGACCUGUCUGCCUGGAUUUAUGUGUAAGCUGUCAUAAUAUGACCCUGAGGAGUUUGUAAUCCUGUUUCCUACCCACUCCCUUGGCUUAUUUGAUUUAAGCGUUCCAUUCCUUUCCUUUUGUAAAUACUAGCAUGCAGCUCUCUUUGUUCCAACGAUUCAGCUUCCAUAUCAGUUGAUGGAGCAUCUGUCAGGAGGCAUGUUUGCCUGUCAAAGUGGCAAAUGAGGGGACACUGUGUGGGGCAAGUGGUUUAGUCUCUAAGGGGACCCUGAAGCUGGUGGACUGCUAAGCAAUAACAUUUGAAAUGAUAAAGAAGACCAGGAAAGAGAACCUCAUAAUCCAGAAAGGUAGAAGGUGAAGUCACUUUUAUUGUCAGCACACAGGCCUUAUGGGCAUUCAUUGUGUGUGGAGUGCCUGGGGCCCAUUUGGAGGCUGUUCGCUGAGUCAGAGAGUGAGAGGCUCCUUAGCUUAAGGGUUAGUUUUUCAGCUGGGCCUGUCUCUCUGCUGUGCCCCCUGUAGGCCCUCAUCACUUUCAGGAGCCACAUCACCUCAGAAGUCUAAUUAAAAUAGACCUGGGCUGGAGUGAGAGGCAGGGAGGUCUCUUCAUCUUUACUACCAGUGAGUUAGUGAGCAGAGCUCCGGAAGCAUUUCCUGUGCCUGAAUACAUCCCGUCCUCUGCCUGCUGCACCUCCGUGUCUUCUCAGCUCCAGACAAGCAGUGGGAGUUGGCCACCAGGCCCAUAGGGCUCCAAUGGCUGCCUCCCAGGCCAGUGAAUUCUGUAAGAACAUGCUAGAGCAGAUCUUCCAAGUGCCAGAAGGAGCCUCUACUCCAGUGGGCUCUGAUCCACAUAGUUUCAGUGGUGUUGAUGGGAGUGCUCCUUACAGAUUGCAAACUAGAGCCCAGAAAGGGUCAACGAUUUGUCCAAGGUCCUGUGGCAUCAAACGGCAGUUCUGGGACUUAAAUGUAGCUUGUUUAGGCUCAUGUUUGCUCCAAAUUCGAUUUCUCCAGUGCCCUCUGCUCUCAGUCUUGUCACUCCAAUAUCAAGUAGUACUAGACAAAAAUCCCAAAUUCUUGCAAACUUAACCUCUGAACUCUGUGCCAAGGGUAAAGUUGCCUGUCCUAAGGGUCAUUCUGUCAGUCUGAUCAGGCAAAUACCUCUUUUUAAAAAUAAUACAUUAAAAUCAACUGACCCAGCCACCUUUUUGCAGAAAUUGAUAAGCUGAUCCUAAAUUUGUAUGGAAUUGAAGAGACCCAGAAUAUCCAAAACAAUCUUGAAAAAGAACAAAGUUGGAGGACUCACACUUCCUAUUUCAAGACUUACUACAAAGCUACAGGAAUCAAAGCAGUGUUGGUACUGACAGGAUAAGCACCUAGAUCCAUGGACUAACACUGAAGUCCAAAAAGAAAGCUAUAUUUCUGUAGUCAAUUGAUAUUUGACAGUGGUGCCGAGGCCAUCCAGUGGGGAAAGAAUAGCUUCUUCAACAGAUGAUUUUGGGACAGCUGACUAUCCACACGCAAAAGAAUGAAUUUGGACCCAUAACUUGGGCCAUAAACAAAACCAACCCAAUGUCAAAAUGGAUUGAAGACCUAAACAUAGGAACUAAAACUACAAAACCAACUGAAACAGCUUGUAGGACGAAGGGAGAGGAGACAGAAAAAGAAAAAUUGGAAUAGUAGAAAGAAAAAAUAGAAUUAUUAGUUAUACUGGAAUCAAAAAAAAUGGAAGAAGGGAAGGAAGAAAACAGACAAAUGAGAAAGAUGGAGAGAGGGUAUGGUUAUAAGGUAGAGCAGAAGGACUUGAGAGACUGUUUGUGGAGAAGGGACAGGAAGUCUGGUCAGGCAGCAGUAAGCCCUGUGGGAGCCAGUGGUCAUGAGAGGGAUCCCCAAAUAACCUUUUGUCGCCAGGAUGGCCCAACCUAAGGUGGACGGCAAAGCACUCUGCACGUUGGCUCAUGGUCACUGUCGACUAGUAACUGUAAGUCAUUUUCUCUAGGAUUUCAAGACUAUAUAAACAUUUCUCAUUUUGUCUUAGCAUACAGGUAGUUUAGUGUUUCGGGAGCCCAGUUGUUACAUCCUCUUGCCUUUCAGACCCAGAGUUCAAGUGUUGACGCAAUUCUGGUUUUACCAUUUCUCAUGGGCCUGUUUUGCACAUGUGUAUCCAGCAGAUGGCGCCAGCAUUCUCAAGACUUCAGAUUUCACUCUGCAACAGCACCGCCCAAUAGAAAUAUGAUGUAAGCCGUUUUCAGUUUUCUGGGAACCACAUUAAAAAAGUGAAAUUAAUUUUAUGACAUACUUUAACCCAGUAUAUCCAGACUAUUUCAACAUUUAAUUAUAUUAAAAAUACUGAAAUAUUUUAUAUUUCUUUUCACACCAAGUGUUAAAAAAUCUGUAUGUCCACUGAUGGACAUCUCAAUUCAGAUGCUAAAUUUUCAUCAGGAGUACUUGGUCUAUAUUUAUAUUUCUUAGAAUAUACAGUGAAAAAGUAGAUUCACACACCCAAGUUGUUCCAAACACACAAACCUUUCCGAGUUUGCCAGUAACUGAAUCAAAUAUCAGUUCUUAAUACAAUUUUAGUUCCUUAGUCAUACUAACCACAUUUCAGAUGCUUAGAAGACACGAGGCUAGUGCUACUGUGCUGCAUAGCACAACUCUGAUCUGUUUUUAUAGGCUUCAGGGUCUGACUACACAUAACCCUUCCCUUAGUAACUAAAGGAUUGAUAAACAUUUCUUCCAGGCAUGCAUUAAGCACGCAAGCUAUUCUCACGGCAGUGUUUAACUCGGAGGCAAGGAGUCGUGAAAACAUGACCACACCUUAUUCAUUUUUUUGUAGAGCUAAGCGAAAUGUUUUGGAUCAGAAAUUGCUUUGAAUUAUUUGUUUUCAUUGUAAUCUUUCCUCUAGGCCUUUGUGUGUUUUGAUACAGUCCCUUUGAAUUGGCUAAAUAAAUCAUUUUGUUUGCUUGCAAAAUUCCCAAAGGAGAAACUUUAAAUCCAUAUACAUGAGAUUGCUGCUAUGUUUAGCCAUACAUUUGCCAAAGAUUUGUGGGAUCGUUUAUUUCCUCUUAAAGCCACAGUGCAGCCUGCAGGAUGGUUUUCAGCUAACCUUGUUGUGACAUCGAGAUGAGGCAGUAGAAUUUAGAAUUUGGAACAGGGGUGGGUACUGGUCUUUACAGUUAAUACCACAUAGAGGAGCCACGCCAUAUGUGCUUAGUUUCUUUUUCAGCCAGUGCAUUGAACUAAGUCAGUUAUAUAUCAAGCAGUUCCUGUAAAAAGCUAUAUGGCUAAGGUAAGUGAUGAUAAUUAGAAUUUGUUGACCUGCUGAAAAUCGUGAGAGAAAAUGAAACCCCCUGGCCCUUCCACCCAGCCCUUGUGAGCUGCCUUGGUGAGGCAUUUAGCUAGUAUAGGUUAUGGACAUCUAGCUUAAUGUUUAACGUUUAGGGUCGGGGGGAGAGAAUGAUGUAAUAGGUGUACAUUAUUGUCUAGGAAAACUGGAAAAAAACGAAGCAAGGCGUUUUAAUGAAAACCUGGCUCUCAGGCCCAGUAUUGAUCUGUUACUGUGUUUCUUAAUAAAUCCUGGGCUGCAUUUAUAUACACAUGCAUAUUAUUAAGUGCAUGUUUGUCCAGUGAUGGGAAUGGUCAGAAAUAUUCUCUGUCAACCUCAAUUUAAACAGCUUCUUUCUCCACCACAUUUCUAACUGCCACGUUCUUCCUAACUCUGAAAACUCGCCUGCUUGGUGGCAGUUUUGCCUGGUGGUAAGCAUUUUCACUGGGGUACGUUGUUUUCUAUUUCUCUUUCUGAUCGUUAUCAGCAAUGAAGCUUCCAUGAACUUGAACAUGGGGGGUAGUUUUAGACACUUGACCCCUCAAUGCCCCUUGCCCUGCCCCACACCUCUCUGUACAUGUUGUUCAGGGUUGUUUAUGUAAACUAGAAACACAAAAGUAGGCCCUGUUCACAGCCCAGUUCUCCCAGGUCACAAAUACAUCUGAGAACGGCACUGCUAUCUUUGCAGGGGACCCAGGAUUUAUUGUCUUCUUUCCAAAAAUGAAUUGAUUUUUUUUAUCGAGGUUUAGUUUACAUAUAACAUACUAGUUUCAGUUGUACAACCUAAUGACUUGACAUUUGUAUAUAUUACAAAGUGAUCACCAUUUUACCAUCCAUCACCAUACAUACAGAAUUCUUUUUCUUGUGAUGAGAACUUUUAAGAUCUAUUCUCUUAGCAACUUUCAAAUAUGCAGUACAGUAUUAACUAUAGUCACCAUGCUGUACAUUAUAUUCCCAUGGCUUAUUUAUUUUAUAACUGGAACGUUGCAGUUUCUGACUCCCUUUACCCAUUUCGUCCACCCCCAUCCUCUCCCUCCGGCAACCACCAGUCUGUUCUCUGUUUCUGUGAGCUUGGCUUUUUGGUUUUUUGGGUUUUUUUAGAUUCCACUUAUAAGAGAGAUCAUAUGGUAUUUGUCUUUCUCUGUCUGACUUAUUUCACUUAACAUAAUGCCCUCAGGGUCCAUCCAUGUUGAAACUGGCAAGAUUUCCUUCUUUUUGUGGCUGUGUAAUAUUCCAUUAUAUAUGUGAGUCACAUUUUCUUUAUCCAUUCAUCUAUCAAUGGACACUUAGGUUGCUUCCAUAUCUUGGCUGCUGUAAAUAAUGCUGCAAUGAACAUGGGGGUGCAGAUAUCUUUUCCAGUUGGUGUUUUUGUUUUCAUUGGAUAAAUACCCAGAAGUGGAAUUCCUGGAUCAUACAGUAAUUCUAUUUUUAAUAUUUUGAGGAACCUCCAUAUUGGUUUCCAUAGUGGUUGCACCAAUUUACAUUCCCACUAACAGUGUACGAGGGUUCCAAUUUCUCCACAUUCUCUCCAACACUUGUUAUUUCUUGUCUUUUUGAUGAUAGUCAUUCUAACAGGUGUGAGAUGAUAUCCCAUCGUGGUUUUGAUAUGCAUUUCCCUGAUGAUUAGGGAUGUUGAGCAUUUCUUCAUAAUUUACAAAAAUCAUCUUUACCUUAGAAGAGGCUUUAUAUCUCUGCUUCCAAUUAUAAUCUACAUAAGUUUUAAGGGAUGUGUGACCAAAGUAAACAUA